AUGAAAUGCGAAGACAUUGCUCCAUCAGCGACCACGGGUGAACCAACCUGCAAGCUCUGUCGCGAAGCCCGCGUCGAGUGUACGUUUGAGACACCUGUGAGGAAGCGUGGCCCCGCACCUGGCUUCCGACGCCGCACAGGCGGUGACUCUGGCUCCCCUGGGCGCAAGGAUGAGCAGGACAGCGAGGACGACGAACGCAACGAUCACGUUUCGUCCCAUGUUGUCAGUUCAUCGCAUCAUGAGAACAGCCGUGCCGGUAACGGAUCAGGCGACUCUGGCUCAACGUCCCCAAGGCCGGUCCUGUCCGCCAAGCGCCGACGCCCACCACUUCUGGGCCUGCCUCCGACACUAGUCGAUGAGCUCCUCGCCGUGUACUUUGUGCACGUACACAAUGUGUGGCCUCUCAUCUACAAGCCCAUGUUCAAUCCACACGCCACGUCAGCCCCUCUCCUCCUCUCUAUGCUUGCUAUUGCUGCGUGCUUGGAAAGGAAUCCUGUGGCUGGUGGCAAAGACGGACUAGAUGCCGACAAGCUGUUUGCCAUGGCGGAGACUGCGCUUCACCACUGUCGCAACGAAUCGCGUCUCGACGUGCUCCAGGCACUCAUGAUCCUGUCAUUGCGUCAGACAGGUUGUGGUGAUAAGCGAUCAGCAUUCUCCUACGCCGGACGUGCGAGCUGUAUGGCCCUCAAUCUGGGACUGCACAUGGCGUCUACGGCUACCCUAGACGCCGGCGAGACUGAGCAACGUGCACGAGUCUACUGGAUUCUUGCAGAGGAGACGGGUCGACCCUGCCUCCUCCCUUACCGUCGCUCGUCCACCCCACUGCCUUCCGUCUCAGAAGCAGACGAGUUUGAAACCUGGCCCCCUCAGACUGCCAGCAGCGCCCCUUUGCCGCGGGGGGUUCGGCAUAUCGUUCCACGCCGAGGCUACGUCAUGACCUACUUUGUGUGGACCACACGUCUUGCCAUGAUUGUCGAGGAUAUCGUCGACCUGGACGUUACGCCUCCGCCUUGUGUCGAACCCUGGGACCAGCACUUUGUAGCUGCACUCAAUGCGCGUCACGAUACAAUUCGUCGCGCCGAGGUGAUUGCCCAGCAGCUCGACGAUUGGCGUGCCAACAUGCCACCGCAGAUCGAUGUCGAUCACGGGUCAAUUUCGCCGUUGCCUCACCAUGUCAUUGGCCUUGCUUGGUGGUACACUGCCAAAAUCAUGCUCCACUCGCGAUUCAUCAAGCGCUAUCCUCGUGCCACCAACGCGCCAGAACUGUCGGCCAAUGCUCACAAGACGUGCACAGCGGCAAGCGAAGCGGUGGUGGAUCUACUGGCUCUCCUGGACCGGCACAAGUUGCUGGGCCAGGUGAGCUCCGACGCCAUCCACAUGCUGUCUAUGAUCACACUAUUCGUGGCGUUUGACGCGUCGGACCCGGAUGAGGAGCUUGCCCACCGCGCCAAGGUCAACUUUGCCCAGUGCUGCAUCUGGUUGCGUGACUUUUCGUCCUCGUGGCCGGCGGCGUCAGCACACAAGGUCUUCUUUGAAGCCCUGAUUCACGGCGGUCUCAAGCUCUCGUCGGGUGACCUGGACGACACCACUGGUCCCGCUGGUCCGUCUCCUGUUUCGACUGUCUCUCCGGCUGUCAACUCGCCAAGCUUGCCGGAAGGACUGCGUACAAUGGGGCGCAACCUGGCAGGCGGUUCACAACCACCAACACCGGUGCAACGUUCGAUGGGCCCACCGGCUACACCAGGACCAGCUGCUACGCCGGGUGGCCCGUCGUUGUUCCAGCUGCCCCAGUUCUACUGGAACAACAUCAUGAGCGAGGGCGGUGCUGGCCCAAGUGAUGCUCCCUCCGGCGCGACCAUGCCGUGGGAAUGGGACUUGAGCGACUUGGGCUCCACACCUGUGACUCUACCGCAAAACGAUUGGAACGGAUCUAUGGGAGCGCAGCAGGGGAUGAACGCGGGCCCCAGUGGAUCGAACGGCAACGACAUGGGCAAUGGCCCUCCCUUCACUAUACCCGGAACUCAAGGCGGAACAGGAGAAUGGAACAACGCGUCGUUCAUGGGUGGUAGCGGUGGCGGUACGGCUUCAGACCAGGCUGCACAGGCGGCCAUUUAUUCGCAGUUAAUGAGUUACAUGGUCGAGGCGGCGAAGGGUAACUAG